AUAUUAGCCUAACCUCAACUCAGUUCGCCUCAUUAACACCCCUACUCUUCGAAUCGAGUCAAUUUCUUAUGCAAUGGGUUGGGCUUUUGCUUUUCUAGAUCUUUCUUUUCUUGAUUUCUUUACCUUUUGUGUCAUUCAGUCUGAUAUUGGUGGUCAGCCCACCUGCAGUGGUUAGCCGUCAUCUUCCAGGACCCAGCAACCCAUGCAUCAAAAGUCAAACACACACCCUGAAAUUGAAUACAAACAUGAACAUCAAAGCAAAGGGUCAUUUCAUUAUACAUGUUGACUUGGUCAAUAAUUUCUAAAAUCUUACCUUAAAUUUUCAACUGCCACACAUCACAUCACUAACAUCAACCAAAUUAAUAUCAAAUUCUACCUCAUUGGGAAGGUGGGAAAAUGGACAUUCACUAUGACGAUCUUAAAGUUCAUCAAUUCUUUGUUUAUUAUUAUUAUUAUUCCUUUUAUUUGGUUUGCAUUUCAACAUCGAUCAUUCUCCUAUAAAUCCCAACUCAGCCUGCUAGCUUCGUAAGUUUCUGACUUGAUCAUUUGAGAUUGAGGGUGAGCUUUUGAAGGGAAGAUAUGAAGUGGGAAUGUCAAGAACUCGGCAGUAUUCUCCUGCUGCUGUUGGCAGUUUGUGUGUGUCUGUCUGUUGGAGUUCAGGGUCAAGUUACUGAUCCUACUGAAGUUAGUGCGUUGAGAGAAAUAAGAAGAAAUUUGGUAGACCCAAUGAAGAAUUUAAGCAACUGGGACAGGGGAGAUCCUUGCUCAUCCAAUUGGACAGGCAUUGGGUGUUAUAACAAGACAUUGAAUGAUGGUUAUUUGCAUAUACAGGACCUGGAACUCCUGAAUAUGAACUUAUCGGGAACAUUAUCACCAGAACUCGGCAGUUUAUCUUACUUGAAAAUAUUGGACUUUAUGUGGAAUAGUAUUAGUGGGAGCAUACCAAAAGAGAUAGGCAACAUCAAAACAUUGGUACUCCUGCUCUUGAACGGAAACCAGCUGACAGGCCCCUUGCCGGAAGAGCUUGGUUAUCUUCCUAAUCUGGACCGUAUACAGAUUGAUCAAAACAAAAUAUCAGGGGAGCUACCUAAAUCAUUUGCAAACUUGAAUAAAACAAAGCACUUUCAUAUGAACAACAAUUCUAUUAGUGGUCAAAUCCCUCACGAAUUAUCAAGACUGCCCAAACUUGUUCACUUCCUGCUUGAUAAUAACAACCUUUCAGGCCAUCUGCCCCCUGAGUUCUCUCAACUGCCAAAUUUGCUCAUUAUCCAACUUGACAACAAUCACUUUGAUGGGACUGCUAUUCCUGCAAGCUAUAGCAACAUGUCUAAGUUGUUAAAAAUGAGCCUGAGGAACUGUGGCUUACAAGGACCAAUACCUGACCUGAGCAAAAUACCACAGCUUAGUUAUAUAGACCUCAGUUCAAAUCAGUUGAGUGGCUCCAUACCACCUAACAAGUUAUCAGAUAAUAUGACCACUAUCAUAUUGUCAAACAACAAUCUUUCCGGGAAUAUACCUGUCAACUUUUCGAGGCUGCCUUACAUUGAGAGAUUGUCACUUGCCAAUAAUAGGCUGAAUGGUUCUGUUCCUGCCACAAUUUGGGAAAAUAGAACAUUAACCGGAGGUCACAGACUUAUCAUGGACUUUGAAAAUAAUAUGCUGUCAAGCAUUUCUGGGAGUACAACCACUCCACCAAAUGUUUCUCUUCAGCUUGAAGGGAAUCCUUUGUGCUCACGGGCAAACUUGGGCCGCUUCUGUGGUUCAAAUCAAGAUGAAGUUGAAAGUGAGAGCCCCAGAAAUAAUCCUGUUGGUUGUCCUAGUCAAGCAUGUCCACCGUCUUACGAGUAUCCACCUGUUUAUCCAGUGUCUUGUGUGUGUGCUGCACCAUUGCUGGUUGAAUAUCGUUUGAAGAGUCCGGGUUUCUUACGCUUUAACCCUUACCGGAAUGGGUUUGAGGAAUAUCUAUCUUCUGGUCUCAGAUUAUAUCAGUACCAGCUAGAUGUUAAUUCCAUCAUUUGGCAAGAAGGUCCUCGACUGAAGAUGUCGUUGAAACUUUUUCCAGAGAAUGGCUCUUAUGUUUUCAAUACAAGUGAAGUUUGGCGUAUCUGGAGAAUGUUUACUGGAUGGCAGGUUCCAGAUAAUGAUACUUUUGGACCUUAUGAAUUGCUUAAUUUCAUUCUGCUUGAUCCUUAUAAGACAGACAUUGUUAUACCUCCAUCAAAGUCUGGCUUAAGCACUGGAGCACUUGUUGGUAUAAUACUUGGGACAUUAGCCUUUGCAGUUGCCUUAUCAGCAGUUGUAUCACUUCUUAUUUAUAGAAUAUACUUAAGGAAGCCCCAUGGUGUUCCAAACAGCCGUCGAGUGUCCAGAAACCCUAUCAAAAUUGAUGGGGUCAGGGGAUUCACUUAUGAAGAAAUGGCAGUUGCUACCAACAACUUUUCUGAUUCCCAGCAAGUGGGACAAGGAGGUUAUGGAAAGGUCUAUAAAGGAAUUCUCGCUGAUGGCACGGUAGUGGCUAUAAAACGCGCACAAGAAGGAUCAUUACAGGGUGAUAAGGAAUUUUUUACAGAAAUAGAGUUACUAUCAAGGCUUCAUCAUAGAAAUCUUGUUUCUUUGGUAGGCCUUUGUGACGAAGAAGGUGAACAGAUGCUGGUGUAUGAAUUCAUGGCAAAUGGGACUUUAAGGGAACAUAUAUCAGCUAAGUGCAAACAACCUCUGAGUUUCGCCUCAAGAUUAAGACUUGCACUGGGUUCUGCCAAGGGGAUCCUCUACUUACAUACUGAAGCUGAUCCUCCAAUAUUUCACCGAGAUAUUAAGGCCACCAACAUAUUACUAGACUCCAAAUAUAUGGCAAAGGUUGCUGAUUUUGGACUAUCACGACUUGCACCAGUUCCAGAUAUUCAAGGACUUACCCCGACUCAUGUAUCUACGGUUGUCAAGGGAACGCCGGGAUACCUUGAUCCCGAGUACUUUUUGACCCACAAGCUGACAGAUAAAAGCGAUGUUUACAGCCUUGGAGUUGUGUUUCUAGAACUUUUGACAGGGAUGCAUCCAAUUCAACACGGAAAAAAUAUCGUUAGAGAGGUGAAUGUGGCAUAUCGAGCUGGUAUUAUAUUUUCAGUGAUUGAUGAGAGAAUGGGAUCUUAUCCCUCUGGGUGUGUGGAGAAGUUUGUGGAUCUAGCGCUUAGAUGUUGUCAAGACGAGACAGAUGCAAGGCCAACGAUGAUGGAAGUUGUCAGAGAACUAGAAAAUAUAUCAAGUUUGGUGCCAGAUUUUGACACUUCAACAAGUAUACCUUCAGGAAGCAUCACUUCACCAAGUUACUCAUCCAAUAUCAGAAACCCUUUUAUAUCUUCUGAUGUCUCUGGCAGUGAUCUUAUCAGUGGAGUUGUUCCAGAUAUAAGUCCUAGAUGAUGAAAUCAUUAUUCGUGAUUCAUGGUUAAGGGAUUUAUUUCUUUUUUCCAAGGCUUGUGUAUAGAGGGAUAUCAUUCAGCUCUUCGCCACCACUUCCAUGUCUAGAUUUUAAUUAGUCCUUAUUUCAAGUGGAACUUGUAGGUUAUGGACUUGUACUAGGUAUGGAAUAUAGAAUGUUCUGCAGUGUAUAUUUGACAAAUGUUGAAGUAAUGUGUGUGAUUUUUCUGGGGA